GCCGGAAGUUAAAAAACAAACAAACAACGGCCCCAUAGCGCUUCCUUUUGCUAACAAAAACAAUAAAAUAAAAAUGGUUAACUUAAAUAAUAGCUGAGUUUUUACUAAAUAUAAGGGAAAUGCCUCGCGGGAACGAGAUUCCGGUCCGUGUCAGGUCCGAAAUAGUUGCGCUGCACAACGCCGGGAAGGGCUACAAAUUAAUUUCAAAGACUUUACAGAUCCCUCAUUCCACAGUUAGAAACAUUGUGAUCAAAUGGAAACGGUUCAAUACUGUAGCCACGCUGUCGCGGAAAAGAAAGUAUGACGAGAGGACAAAGUGGGAAAUACUGGAUGAGGCUGAUCCUGCUGGUCCUGCUAGUGAAAAAGGUGGCGACCUUGAUAAGCCGGAUCUCCUCAGCAAGGUGCUGUUUGCAGCUGGAAACACCGACUCCAACUCCACUGAAUCCAAACCUUCAAAGGAAGAGCUGGUGUCAUCCAGACCAACUCUCCACAGCAGAGAUAAAGAAAUGAGAGACUUGAACAGCAGCUGUGAAGAGGGCGACAACACGGGACGGUCCGACUCAGACGAAGAAGAGCCCAUGUCCAGUUUCCUGUUUGCCAGAUCAACAGGGGAAGCAGAGGACCAUGAAAGGGUUGAUCAUCCUGGACAAGCUUGUGACACAGAAGAUCCAGAUGAGUCCCAGAAGGAUGAGAGCACUGCUGAAGAAGGCGGCGACGCAGAACCGUCGGAUACAGACGAAGAGGAUCCGCUGGCAGGUUAUCUUUUUGGAAGAGCGAGAGAAGGGACAGAAGAACAUCCACAACAUGAAAAGCGUAAAAAUUCAGCUUCAUGUGACGACACACCAGAAGACGAUCCCAUGGAGCAAAUUUUUGACCCAAACUUUGACGAUGAGAAGAAGAUUUACGCCGGUUCUUCGGUCAGUGUGAGAGCGCUCCUCCUCCUCCUCCUGGCCUUCAUCCUGAAGCACGACUUGUCAAAAGCAGCCACCAAAGACCUCCUGGCCCUCCUCAACCUCAUGGUGCCUGGAUGCAUUCCCAGCUCUCUGCAGUUCAUAAAGAAGCAUUUGACUGACAUUGACAAGAAGACGGAGAUCCACUUGUACUGUCCCAGGUGUGAAAACUACCUCGGUGUAGAGCCUGGGACCGAGUGCGGAGUGUGUCAGCAGCGCUUGAGCAAAAGAAGUCUGCUUGAAAAGGCAAACUACUUCCUGGUGUUGCCUCUAGAAAACCAACUGAGGAAGGUCCUCAAACGCCUUCACUCAAAGCUAGGCAAGCAUUUUACAAAGGACGAUUACGUUUCUGACGUCAACACCGGUGGUGAAUAUAAGCACGAAGAGCAGGAGGGCAGUAUUACACUUACCUUCACAUGUGACAGCUCUCCUCUUCUCAACUCAUCCAAGUUUUCAGUCUGGCCCAUCCUGUGCACGAUCAACGAACUUCCGUAUGUGGAGCGGUGUAAAAAUGUUCUGCUGCACACGUUGUGGUUCGGCAAAGGAAAGCCGCUGCUUCAGUGUUUCUUUACGCCGUUCAUUAACGAGCUUCAUAAACUCUCUCACGAGGGCUUCACUUGGGAAGACGAGAGCGGAUUAGAGCUUAACACCAGAGUGAUGGCGAAAAUCUGCGUCUGCGAUUCAGUGGUGAGGUCAGCGGUGCAGAACUUUCAGCCGUUCAGUUCGGAGUUUGGCUGCGGGUUCUGCUACCACAAAGGAGAGCUGGUUCAGAAGGGUCGGGGUUACACCAGAGUCUAUCCGGUUCAGGUUGACGGAUGUGACCUGCGGCACAUGGCUGAGACGGAGCAACUGGCCAUCGUAGUGAUUGAGAAUGGGUAUCCACAAGGUCAAAUGGGUGUCAAAGGUCACAGUCCGCUGCUUCUGCUGCCUUCGUUUGAUGUCGUCAAAGGUUUUAUCCCAGAUUACAUGCACUGUGUUUGUCUUGGGGUUGUUCCUGAGUUUGUCAAUCUUUGGUUGGAUCCUCUUUAUGGCAGAAAGCGCUUCCACCUUUCACCUCAGAGUUUGAAAAACCUGGACAAAGCUUUGUCUGCCAUCCAACCCCCAGAUGAGAUCAAACAAAGACCUCGGCGUCUCAGUGAGAGGAUGCAUUGGGAGGCAUCCGAGUGGCGAGCGUUUGCUCUUCUCUACUCUCCUGUAAUACUGAGGAAGGUUUUACCAAACCUGUACUACAAACACUGGAUGCUUCUCAUUUCAUCACUUCACAUCCUCCUCUCCCCGUUUGCCUCCCAGGAGGAGAUCAGCUGUGCAGAGCUGUGCCUGGUUCAGUUUGUCUCCCAGGUACCGUCUCUGUACGGACUUGAGCAUUGCUCAUUUAACUGCCACUUGCUGAUGCAUCUCACUGACUGUGCCCGUAACUGGGGACUACUGUGGGCCAACUCCACCUUCGUCUUUCAGGGUGUCCAAAGCCGACUCCUGCAGAUGUACUCCAGGGCUCAGUCUGCGCCAUCCAACAUCUUCAAGCAGAUAGUUUCCUAUGAUGAGAUUAUCUUGAAAGGAAGCAAUGUGCUGAAAGAUACUGGUACAGAAAUCACAGACCUGUUUUCCUCCAUGACAAGCUGUGGUAUCCUUACCAAAUCAUCCAACUGCAUCAGUGAAGAUGUGUUUACUUUGGGAUGCGGAUCUCAGAGAUCUCUAACUGUGAGAGAACUUGCUGCAUUGCAGAGCAAAGAUACACGGCCCGUUACUGAAUACGCACAUUUUGUCUACAGAGACAUGCUGGUCACCACUUUGGACUACAGCGUCUCUUACAAAAGGAACAACUCAGUCAUAGAAACGACCAGCGGCUUUUUUCUUGUAGAGUCCGUGGUGGUCGUCGAGGGGCAUUGCAGCUGUGAGAGAUCGUCCGACUGCUCCUGCAGAGAACUGGUUGCUUUCUGCAGAAAACUGCUUCCCUCAAACUCCCAACCAACAAUCCAGAAUGAGCAGAUCAACAGAAACAUUGCAGAGUUCCUCGUAAGAGUGAGGAGUUCAGAUGAACUGUGCGCAGUGACAUGUCAGGACGUUGUUUCGAAAUGUUUUGUGAUGGAGCAGAAGGGUCGACUAUAUGUCAUGAGAAUGCCAGUGUUAUAAGUGUUCCUUUUCCUUGUCAUGUAGUUUGUUGUCUUUCCACAUUCACACAGGAGUUGUGUGAUAAGCUUAUUUUCUGUGAGAUGAUUAAGUAUUUAGUAUAUUCAACCAUCCUGCAUUUUUAGCAGUGUUGGCUUGUUCACAUGGUGAGUUCAAGAUGCUCUACCAGAAUCAUGUACAUUUCAGUACAUGGCUUUGACCUUUCUAAGAAGUUUUAUCUGCCUCUGUUCCAUUGUCCAUUCAGCAGAAGGCACCAAUUCCCGGUAUGCUGUCCUGGUCUCCAGACUACUUCUACUGACUUUUCAUGGAAAACUUCUUAGAAAUUGCAUUAUAAUGAAUUUUAUGGAUCCUGUGCCUUCAGCAUACUCAUAACACAGAUUUAGUAAGUGUAAUCAGUUCUGUCACUGAAACGUUUCCAUUCAAUCACUGUAGUUGUGAAGCAAAAGAUAUCAAAAGAAUCAGGACCAAAGAUCAAAUUUGAACAUUAAAUCAGUUUCCACUAAAGGUAUAUAGCCAAGGUUUCUUACUGAGAGACUGUGUGGAAAACCUAACUGGAACCUUACGCUGCUCACCCUGAUGAAGUAACAAUAUGCAACACCUAUCUGAAAAGGGCAAGGAACUUAAGUCGUUCAGUACCUUUAUAGACAGUUUGCUGAAGUCUAUAGUGUCUCAUCCGGUGAUUGUUGCCACCCAGUUGCGAUGAAAGGGUAGCCAUCGCAAGAGUGAGAUCAGCAAAAACCUUUGUGCGACUCAUUGGUUCAAACAACCCUGCAGACUUUUUUGACUUAGUGGUAUCCUUGGAUGAGGUCUUUGAUGAACUGAAAACAGUGAGUGUUUUCAAGGAGUGACAAAAGAUGUUCAGCACAAGCUGCUAAGAGCAAAUGCUACCAGAUGUCAAAAAGUUGGUUUGUAGCUAUCCAAGCACAUCUUGUAUGUGCUGAGAAAUAUUGAAGUCAAAGAGUUUGAUCUCCAGUUUGGUGUCAAGUGUAAAGUGGUCAGAAAGACAGUAAGCUGAACUAAGUCAGAGGGCAUAGUUCUCAACUGGAAGAAGAUCGAGCACUCCUACCGCGUUGGAGUGGAGUGUACCUCAAGGAUAGAAGUUUAACCAUGUUAAUGUCUUGUUCACAAGUAAUGAUUGGAUGGAGCAAGAGAUAGACAUACACGCACUGGUACUACUCGAGUCUGUCGCAGAGAUCCAGAAUAUGUAUCAUGAUUGAAUUUGGAGAAGAGCCCUGCUUCUGUUUUGAUUGGAGUGCAUCUGAAUUGCCUCCAUUUGGGGGUUGUCCGGACAUGUCCUAUUGGGAGGAAGCUGCAGGGCAGAACCAGAAUUUGGUUGAGGGUCUGUAUGUCCCUUUUGACCUGUGAACCCCUUGGGAUACUGCAGAAUGGGUUUGAGAGCGGUGCCGGAACCUCAGUGACCCAAUCUCAGAUAAAUAGAAGACAGAGUAUGAAUUGAACGACUCAACACCCAAUGGUGUGGAGUGAGAGUGGCAAGUUGCAUGAACUGCUAUGAACAACUUCUAAGCUGAUUAUGCUGCAAACCACUUCUAACAUACCAACAGUGAGAGAUUUCUUACCUGAGGAAUGGCCAUUGUUUUCACCAGAUCUCUCAAACGUACCAGCAUUUCUAAUGAAAUCCUUGCAGAAAGGGAAUUUGCUCAUUGGAUGGACUUAAAGAAAACUAAAAUGACACAUCUGGCUUUGUGAGGAUGAUGCCUUCCAGUUUUUUCUCUGGCUGUUUCAUAAAAUCCCAGCUCCCAACAGUAUGCUAGCUGGGAGGUAUAGAAAGACACUGAUGUGGUCUUGAUUAAACACACCCUCCAGAGCUUCUCAAGCCAUCUGGCGUCAUUAAGGUACUCAUCACAACAGCAGCAGGAGGAAAAAACAGGCAGGAGAUCUAUACCACAAUUCUGGUUAAUGCCAAAGAAGCUUCUUUUUGUUUGACCAUUAACAGUCUUGUUUGGACAGAAGUGCUUAGGACAUGAAUUCAAGAGGUGCUGCUUUGGAUCCAGUUCUACAGAGAAACAAUCUCUGAGAUUUUCAACAUCCUUACUAACUUCUCAUGACGGCAGCUGAAGCUGAGAGAUUGCUCAAGAAUAAAGAUGGUCCUUUGUAUUGCACCAGGCCAGGAGUGUCUCAUCCAUAGACAUGAAUACGUAGACGCCUCAUUAAGCGUUAAGUCCUACGUUACGUCACCGCCAUUUUGUAUGUGGCAGGAGAGUGAUCGGAGCUCCCUAAGUCCUGUGCUAUUUGGACUUGUUUCAACAGUUUUACAAUACAAACUGGAUUCAUUGGCAUUACCUUUCACAGGUAAGGAUGAAAGAGCGGAAUUACUUUACUUUGCAGCCAGAAACUUGCUUCUAAACAACCAAAUUGGGCCAAUGUAGCUAAAUUGGCCCAAAAUAACCACAGAUUGUUAGUGUAGCUAACGUUUUCAUGCUGUUUUCUAAUGAGAGAGAGCUGAUGAGAAACUGCUGUUAGAGAGGAAGUGUAUUAAAAACCAGGGGAUUUUGUGAGGAAAGGUUAGUCAGGAUCAGAGCUGGAGCUGCUGUUCUUCAGUCUCUGUUUCACAGCUCAGCUUCACAAUGCCGGUAUUUAGCUAUGCUAUAAAGAUGCCAUGAGUCAGAGCCCCAACAUGAUGAAAAUGUCUUUUUCUGAAUGUGAAGGAAAAUAUAUAUAGUAUAUAUGUAUUUUCUAUUACACUUUUGGAUAAUUCCUCUUUUAUCCUGGGCUUUAGCCUGUGUACCAGGACAUCUCAGAAUUCAUUGGAGUUCUCCCAGUGUGGCCAGCAGACUGAAGCCCUGCCUGUGGCCAGUCUUCCCAGUAUAAUAAAUAAAUGUGUUUUGUUCUUUCACUUUUUGUGUAUUUUUAAAUAUCUCAAUCUGAAAUAUUAGUGUAUUAAUACAGCUUAUGUAAUGAAAUAAAAAUAAUUUACUCUAUUCGAAUUAUUUUCACUCUGCUGUCAAUAGCAGAGUUGACUUUGUUUGAAAAAUGGUCUAUUACCAGGAUUUAAAAGACAGAACAAAAAACACAGCUUUAUUAAGAACAAACACCUUUGCAGGGGAGAGAAUGUUGGACAGCUGUUUUCAUGCUGUCAAACAAACUCUGAAAGGCAGCACACAGAGUGUCCAUUUUUAUACACAUCUUAGACGCCUAGGUGGCGCAAAAACAAUUCCAGGAAGUCAACCAAAAAUAAAGUUUCUUGGAACAAGGUCAUCAGGUGCAGGUUUAGGUCAAACGGAAAAUUAGAACAUCAUGACAUUGUUCAAACCGCAACUCCACCUAUAUACAGAGUAGAUAACAGACGCGUGGUUUCCAAUAAUCGCUUUGCUCGCUUCACACCCCGAGAGUUCAACAGUUUAAUCAGAGCAGGUGCGAAUACUAUUUCAUCUUUAUCAGCAGUUAGGUGUCUAUACAGACAUGAGGCUGUUGAAGGGAAACGAGCUGCCCUCGCAGAAUGACUUGUGGUUUGACACGGAGCAAAAGGUGCAGCUCUGAGCAGCACCUCAACUUCAAGAAACACACAUGAUAAAUGACAGAACAAAAUUAAAGAAAAUAACAGUAUGAAUAAUUAUUUCAUUUGACAACUUCAUACUGUAAUAAAUAUUUAUUUUCCAGAAAAAAGUAAGAAAAAUAUGUAGUUUAAUGUUUAUCAAAGUCAUUGUCAAGUGACAAUGACUUUGAUAAAUCAAGUCAUUUAUCAAUAAUAUGUAUAAAAAAUAAAUACAAGAAAAUAUUUCUUUUUUCUGGUCUUGAAAUGUUAAAUGUAUAAUAAAUUAUGGAAUCAUGUAAAUAUGUUAUUUUAUAAAACACUGAAAAAGUGUGUUCAUCAGUGUCAAUAUAAAAAUGAAUCAUUUCUAUCAAAUAAAAACAUUGUGCUGUUUAUUCAGAAAUCCCCCAAAACAAUUAAAUAAUCACAUCAAAAGUUAGAAACUCCGUCUUUAGUCAUUUAUUUGAUUACCAAAUAUAUUAGUGUGUGUGAGAAAAUGUGUCAAUGACAAGUAUUAACUUAAAAUACUUUGUAGAACGGCAUUUCUGUAGUUCGGUCCAUUUACCUUACUGGCACAUAGGCCACAUUCAAUAUGGCGGACGCUGUGACGUAUCGCAGCAACUGGCCGACCCGCUCCAUGAGGCGUCUACGUAUUCAUGUCUAUGGUCUCAUCAAUAGGUCGAUUAUUGAUCACCUUGCUGCUUUCAAAGAGAGACAGGCACGCGUCGCUCAGUCUCACACAAGUGUUAAUUGAUUACUGUACCAUAUGUAUGUACCUAUGUAAGUAUGGUGCAUGUUUCAGUUUUCCUUUUCUUAAGGAACUUGUAAAAAGAUUGUAAAAUAUAUCAUGAUACCAUAUUCCAGUGUUUUAAUGUUUACAUACUUCAAUCUUUGUUUCCAUUGUACUUUAUCAAUCAGAUGCUGCUUUUAACGCCACAUGUUACGUUGUUCAUGUACAUUUGUGAUCUUUUUUUAUUUUAUUUUUGUGAACAUUCGAUGACUGCCCUUUUUAUAACUAAUGUUCCUGUUAAAAUGAAAUCUGUGUUAAUUUUGUUGUGGUUGUUUUGACCUGGGAUCAUCUUGUUCUUCUGUUUGUGGUUUAAUAUGUAAAAAAACAACAACAAAAAAACAGUAACUGACAGUGUUAAGCUAUUUCAGAUUCCCCAGGUUUGAUCUUGCUACAGUAAAAUGCUGUGUGCUUGUGGUUCUUAAAUAUCAAAAUUAUGUUGCAAUUUUACUGUAUUGUGAAACAUUUGUGUACUUUAUGUUAACUACAAUUUAACUUUAAUGAUGUUUACAAUGUUUUCAGUGAAGAACUGUAAAUAUAUUGUUUUGAAUCCAA